AUGUGUUACACUGUGAGAGGAUUGGAGUUGACAAAAGUCACCGUUGUCCGUAUGGAUGGAGGCUUAGUUUAUGAUUCUUAUGUGAAGCCGAAUCAUGAGAUUGUAGACUACAAUACUCGCUUUUCUGGAAUAACGGCCCAUGAUAUGGAAGUCAAUGCCCCAAAAAGAAUACACGAAGUGCAAUAUGACCUAUUGCAGUUCAUAGGAGCAGAAACAGUUUUAAUUGGCCAUUCGUUGGAGAGCGACUUGCGAGCUCUGAAAAUUGCACAUAAAAAUAUAGUGGACACCGCCCUUGUGUUUGAACACGAAAAAGGGCUUCCCUAUCGUAAGGCCCUGAAGGAAUUAGCAUCAACGGUGCUACAUCGCAGUAUACAGUUCAGCACAGAAGGCCAUAACAGUUACGAAGAUGCCGCUGCAUGCAUGGAUCUCAUGUUGUGGCGUGUCAAAAAUGAUUUGUAUCCCUGA